UAUAUAAACGGAAUAAAUCACUACAAGAUCUACCCCAUCAACCUUUUUCUUCCUCUUAUUUACUUUCUUUUUUUAUUAAACUGUUUCUGGUUCUACAAAAUUGUCAGCCUGUUCCUUUUCUACUCAGAUCUGGGUAGAUGGAAACUGUUACAUUAAGGCAGUUGCUGAAUCAUAUAUGCACUGAUUCACAAUGGAGCUAUGCAGUGUUUUGGAAGCUUCAUCAAUUUGACAAUCUCAGGUUUUUCAUGUAUGAAGAUGGGUAUUGUGAUUGUGACUCCCAAAAGUCACAACUUCCAAGACAAGUAUGCAAUUCUAUGCAAGAAGCUUUUAUAACAUCUGGACUUGGAACAAACUUUGAUGAUGUACAUUUCCUGAGAUGUCCUCUUUGUUCUGCAAUUGCUGCUAUGUCACAUAGUCAAUAUCUGCAAGGGGAAGGGAUGGUUGGAAGAGUGGCACUUGCUGAGAGUGAUAUUUGGAUUCAUUCAGAUAACGCUGAAAUCAUUUCUUUUUUGGGGGAUGCAAAUGAGUGGCUUCUUCCUAUAGCAGCUGGAAUCAAGACCACACUACUAGCACCUGUUUUACCAUAUGGAGUUCUGCAAGUGGGAUCAUUUGUAAAGGUUGGUGAAAGUCUGGCCAUAGGCGCGGAUAUUAGAGAUAUUUUCUUCACUCUCGCUUGUGCAACAAUUAGUCCCUUUCCCAAUCACAACGAUCCCCCCCCUAUUUUCUCUUCAAAUCGUAGACCAGAACCCGAAAAUACUGAUCAGACAUCUUUCUUUUACAACAAUAUUGAACAAGCAGAAUAUCAAAAUACAGAUAUAAAUCUUACCAAAUUCCUUGAAAAUGAAUUACCAACUGCUUGUCAACUAGUUCCAUCCAUGUUUGGAAAUUUUCAAUUGGAGGACUUUCCGUUCUUAAUAGAUGAUCAGAAUGUAUUUUAUCCUUACUCGGAUAUUAAUGGUGAGCCAGAUGUGCUAAAUGAGUUUGUUUCUGCUGAUAUACCAGAGGCAACGGAAAUGUGGAUGCUUUCUUGCCUUGAAGAGCAAUAUUAUGAUACUCAAACACCAAACUUUGAUGAGAUAGACACUGAUUUCGUCUCUGAACAAGAGAAAUAUUCACCAAUAUCUGCAGGAAGUCUAAAUGAAAGCAAAAAUUUCAAAGAGUUCCCAAGAGAUUAUGAACUACAAGGAGCACUUGUGCCGGCUUUCCGUUUAAAUGAUGAUAGGGAUUCACGGAACUCUAGCCCGGAAAAUGCAUACUCUGAUAAAAAUGUUUUUGGUUCAUUAAUGUUAGAAUUUUGUCGACCUUUGGAUGAAGAUUUUGAACAAGAAUAUCUAUUGGAAGAUGUGUUGGCUAAAUCAUACUCUAAUCAGUGCAAUAUCAGUAAAUCCAUAACCUCCUUAAAAGAAAAAACUCCUCUCAUUCAGUUUCAGGAUUCAUGUGAAGCUACUGCUUCCGUCAGAAAGCAUGAUAUUGUGUCUGUUCAAGGGCAAUUCGAUACUCUAUUGGAGAAUCAAAGCAUUUUUUCUGAAUUGCUACCUUCACCUUCAUCAUUCGAGAGCUUGGAAAGUGCAAUUAUUAAAGAUGACCAACGACCACACUGCAGUUACGAGCUGCUUGGUAAGAAUGCCAAGACGCCUAAACUUACAAAGGGCAAAGAAAAACCCAAAAAUGGCGGUAGAUCGAGGCCACGAGAUAGACAACUCAUUCAAGACCGGCUCAAGGAGUUGCGCAUGUUGGUCCCGGAUGGUGAAAAAAGUAGCAUUGACGGGCUGCUAGAUCAGGCUACAAAGCAUAUGAAGUUCUUAAAAACAGUGAGUGAACAUGCCGAGAAAGUGAAGAAUAUUAAGGAUCAAAAGGUCGUUUCUGAUAAAAUGUCAAAGAAUGGAGACGUUAAAAACGAUUCUGAAUCGUGUCCUAUCAUUGUGAAAGAUUUGGAGCACUCUGGUCAAUUUUUGAUACAGAUGGUGUGCAAUGAUGAGGGUGUCUUCUUUGAUAUGGCGGAAGUCAUGCACAAAUUGAAAUUGACAAUAUUGGAAGGAGUCAUGGAAAAUCGAUAUAACAAAUGGGCAUCCUUUACUGUGGAGGCUUCAAAAGGGUUUAAUAGCUUAGACAUAUUCUGGCCGCUGAUGCGAAUACUACAGCAAAACAGAAACUGGAUGGCUGUUCAAAGGUGUCCGUAAAUAUGCGAUAAAGAUACCACAAGAUGUUCCAACGACGAUGUUGUCUAACUAUGUACAGCUGCAAAUAAUGAAAUGCGGCUAUGAGAUGAAUUGAUCAAAAGAAGGAAUUUCUUCGUUAUAUGCAGAUUGAUGGCUAUGUUAGAAGUUCUAGCCACUUUUCUCAUCAUGUGCAGGCUCUUAGGGCAAGGGAUCUGCGACGAGCAACAUGUGCCACUAGCCAUAUGCAACAUUCUACCGUAAGGGGGCUUCCAUAGUCACUUGUCGAUCGAGUCACCUAGACCUAGCUACAAAACAGAAGAAGUCGUUGAUUGAUGGCGUAGGAAAAUAGAUGAGUCAUCAGUGUUGAGUUCAGCAAUUGUAAGUUUAGCACUAGUCUUCAAGUUAUCAUAAGAGAUAAUUUUAUGGUAUAUGUAAGGAUUUGUUUGCUCUUUGGCAACCUAAGCUUUAAAUUUAUAGGGCAAAAACCCAGGGUCGAAUCUAUGCUCAGUCAAUGAUGUCAACUGACAACAUUCAACUUAUAUAAAAUCAUAUAUUUUAAGAUAUUAAUGAAUGUGCUGGUUAAGUUGGUAAGAGUUU